AUGACCGUGGGCUGGGAAUCACAGCUCUCCGCUCCGGAAUUGUUACCAUUCCUGCCGGGAUCCAUCGAUGAGGUAACAAUCGAUUUCGGGGAGCACGGGAAGGAGAUUGAGGACGCGCUGCGCGCCGAUAUAACGGCUGAGCGGCGGUGCAAUUAUUUUGUGCCCCCAUCCCGAAAUGCCAAGGCCCCACCCCCAAGGCUAGCCAUAAUCGAGCGAAGAUUGAGGAAAUUCCAACCAAAACCGGUCGUACAUUUAACGCUCGAGAAACCUCUCGAAAAAUCGCCCUAUCAAGGGCUCGAUGAAAAUGAGAAUUAUACGGUAGUCGACACGGAAUAUGUUAGCGCGUUCUCCGUCCCUCGAUCCGCCUAUGGACUUGUCGCCUGGGCAGAGGUGCCCCCAAUCUACGACCGAAAUGGCGAUUUGCCAAAAACGAUCGAUUUAUCUGCCGGACCCACCUACAACGAAGCCAUUGAACGCAACGAUCCUCUGGACACCCACGAGAUUGUCGUACAGUUCUUGGGCGUUACUUGGGCUAGUCAACAUCUCGCAACCCCGAAAACAUGUUUUUUCACGUUCCAAUUCUAUCGAUUCCCUGAGGUGACGACGGAAAAAUUGCUAGCAGUUGCGACGAUUCCCGGCGAGCCCUGCAUUCUGAAACGAUUACUCCCUGGAAAUGGGGAGCCGGUUGAGGAGAACCAUGGAUUUAUGGUCCGCCUUACCGUAGACCGAUCGGCCAUUUCGCCGCAGGAUCCCGCCGAAUUCGUUAACUUUCUUCUAAACGCCAGCCUACAAAUUGAUAUCUGGGAUGCAGAUUCGGUGCAGUUAAUCGGGACGACUAAUAUCCCGCUGCACUGCCUGAUCCGAAACGGCCUUGAAGCCGUCCAAUUCUUCGCCUACGGUACGGUGAUGCAGAAUAGUGUCGGGCCCGUGCAAAAGAAAACCAUGAAAAACUUCGUGUUCGACGCCGAGUUGGAGGCGUACAAGCGGAUCCGGAACGAGGGGAAGGCCGGCCGGUUGCUGAACACGCUGUUUCGGGGGAUUACGACGGAACACAAAAUCCACGUCUCGUUGGGAGAAUCGGUGUUUUUCGAAUUUCUACUCCAAAACACACUCGAUCAGCCGGUGAAUUGUGUCGUCGAGAUUGAGGAGUCCGGGUUACGCCUCCUCACCGACGACGCCGAGUGGGCCUUCUACAAGAAAGCGCACAAAUUGGACACGCCGAUCGAGCGGAAUUUGGUGCGCCGUGAUGAGGAGGGAAAGACAAGCCUGGUGUUGAAGCCGCGCGAGGUGGUGUACGUGCCAUUCCUCUACGAGGACCUGAAGGCGGUGGGAAAAGCUGACGGGCAAACGAGCCAGACAAAGGUAGUCUUCAAGCGUUGGCCGUCGCUGGAACCGUUGCAAAUUCUGAGUUUGCACGUGGUGCAUCAGCCCUACGCACUGCUACGCUCAGUACGAUUCUACUCGAGGGAACAUCACAAUUGCACUCGCUGUAUACGAGUGCCUAGGAAUUAUCGCCAAAUUCUGCCAAAGUCCGUCAAAACGUCCGAUCCAACCGUGAAAGCGAGGUUGAUCUGGGCAAACGGAGCCCUGGAUUUGCAGUUUACGGCGUUUUGCGGACCUAGCGGCACUUCAAGGGAAUUUCUACUGAUUUUGUACGCCGACGCUGAGGCCUACCGUCUUUUUGGGGUCUGGAAGAUAACCCUCUAUUCUACCGGUUCCAUUGAGCUGAAGGGCAUCCAAUCCGAGGUCACCAAUUUUGGGGUCGAGUUGAAAAAGCCGGGCCUUGAGGGGCGCUUCAUCCAGCUCUACAGCUCCAACCCAGAAUUGUCGCCAGUUGGCGCACAGCCAACACUUUUUGAAGACACGGAUCAUCGGUUCAAUCUACAGUACCGGCCGACCAUUAAAGGCCCCCAGACGAGCCUGAUCACCGCUGUGGACGUCGCUAAUCGAGAUCUCUGCGGAUCGUGGCUGAUAAAUACGAAGAGCGUCGAGCCGGAGGUCACCAAGGAGUUCGAAGUGGUGCUCAGGCGCGGCGAGGAGCAUCCGAUUUACAGGAAAAUUCCCUUCCAAAAUCCGUACGGCGUAGCGGCGGCGUUCCGCAUCCGCGCCAAUCGACCGGAUGCGAUUAAAGUCCAAGAAGAGCUGCUAAAACUUCCGCCAAACGGGAUCGCCACGCUGACGCUGGAAUUUUGCCGGCGCGACGUGUAUACGGCCCUAAUCUACAUCCAAAACGUGGACACCGCCCAGACCGAAGAGACGUUCCGGCUGAAUGUGCGACCGGAAAAA